CCAAAGUGUGAUACAUUUGUCAUACUAUUGAUCCUCUUUUCAUCAAAUGUCUCAAUUUUCCAUUGUAGCCCUUUUUUCUCAACUAAAUGAAUUGCCAUCUCGUUAAGUAAUGACAAUUUGUUGUCUAAAGUCGCUUGAUGUAGAGAAUAAUAAAAAGUGCUUGGUGGGGGUGAUGCCAUACGUGGGUCGGUCUGUUGACGUAUAAAUACACGACGAAACGAUCACUCGAGCUAGUACCGCCGUAUCUCGUACCGAGAAGACACCUUCACAAUCUUAAUUCCGUUCACUUCCGGUUAUGUGACCCACCUCAAUCAACAUUAAAAUCAACGAAUUAAUUAGCAGAAUAAUAUCUCCAUCGGAAAUGUAUUCAGAGAUAAGUGGUGAAUAUGGGAGAGUUGUGGGAAUAGGAAUUCAAUUGAAGAAACCAUAGGAUAGUAAAUUAUUCUUAAAGAUAAAUAAAGGGCCUAAAUGAUAAUGCUAAAUGAUAAGGCCCAAGGCCGCUCGGAUUCGGACGAUUGAAAUACUCAUCCUGAGUAUGUUCACCUCGGAAGGGCGUGUUGGAUUGAAUGCCUGUUGAGUGUCCAGUGUGAGUAAUAAGGAGUAAUAAGGUUUUAGAAUUUAGUGGCCAGUGAUUGAACAAAUAAAAAUAAAAAUAAAAAUAAAAGGCUGUGCAGAGGGUAGAGGGCAACGCACUGAUCUCGAAGUGAAAAGGCGGUCGCGAGCCUGUGGCUUGGCUUUCACCGGGGGAUUUAACACCAACUUGUAGCUAACCGCAUACCGUUCUUUAGUACGCGGUUUAGAACGGUUGUCGCGCGGUCCUCCAUAAAAUGAGUUUGUUGAGGCACACUUGUUGUUUUUCUCGUUGAAAAACUCGUAUCAAAGUGCCAGAUAGUAUGGAAAUGUACAUCACAGAGUCACCGAGCAGUGGCCAUACUGGUGGUAAAUUCGCCUCCACCAAUUCUAUUCCCAUGGCACUCGAGGAACACUCCCCCGAUAAACUUGCCACCUCAAUCAUCGGCCAUUCCAAAGGACGACGACACAGUGUCCUCGAUGAUCUUCGGGCCAGGAGGGAUAGCCUCUUCCAGCGGGGGCGACGUACCAGCGACCUACCCCUCGACGACAAGGACAAACGGAGAGCCUCCGUAUUCUAUGUAUCUCAUCAACUUCUCGAGGAGAAUGCCCCUUCCUCAAAAGUUCUUCCUCUCACCCAUCAACCCGACCAGAUGGAGGUGAAGAAGGGACGGAGAAAGUCCUGGCAUCCGUUGGUUAAACCACCCAAGGCCGAUAGGAAACGAAAAAAAGGCCUCGGUGCCAUUACACCUGAUGUUGGCAGUACUGAGGCUCUCUAUGGAGCAGCCCGCCAGAAGAGGCUUUCCUGGUGGAACAUUUUUGUUCCUGAUUCUGUCACAAGGUCACGACGCAUGUCACAGCAAGAUGUCUCUCAGUCGAGGUCCACCGAGAACCUAGCAGCAUCAUUCUUCCGGAGCAAAAGCCGAAGUGUGGAUCAUGGAUUCUCAACCCCUUACGAUCUUGAAUCACUUCGUAGCAAGGUGGAGGGUCGCUUCGAAUCAGUCGAUAAGCUAUCCAGAGAUUCGGACAGCGAUGGGAAGGACGGCUCCACUCUUCAGGAGAAGCGACAGGCUCGUCUUACUCAACCAGACAACACCAUUGCCUACAGAGUGGGCGACAGAGAUACCCUAACAUCAGUGGCAGCCCGGUUCGAUACGACCCCAUCAGAAUUGAGUAAACUCAAUAGGCUUGGUAGCACAUUCAUUUAUCCGGGACAACAACUCUGGGUACCUACUAAGGGCGAGGCUCGUCUCGGUCUUGAUGAACUUGGCUUGGACACACCAAGCCCUGACCCAUGCCAUGAUCAUGAUUCUCACGAUGAUUUACCACCUGAAGAGAAAGAGCUAUUGGACAAUUUACGACCUGUUUCGCCGAAACCAGGUCACUCGGAGCGAAUUAAAACGCCACUCGACAGUCGCACUGGGGAUGGGGAUGAAGCGGUAUAUAGAGAGAGAUUCUUGAAGAUAAAUGUUCGUCAUAUCACAGACGGACAGGGAGUUGUCGGUGGUGUUCUCCUGGUAACACCAAAUGCAGUAAUGUUUGAUCCAAACGUAUCGGAUCCUCUGGUAAUUGAACACGGGGCUGAAUCAUACGGUGUUAUAGCACCGAUGGAAUUUGUUGUAAAUGCAGCAAUAUACUAUGAUAUUGCUCACAUGAGGGUCAGCCACACAGAGGCUCUUGGUACUGAUAAAAAGCCAGAAAUUUACUACAUGGAAAAACCUACCAAGGGUGGAAAAUGCAUGUCACCUGGCAAGGAUGAGAAUUUUUCCGAAUUCACGACUGAUGAUAAUGAGAGUGUCUGCAGCUGCGCUGAGCGUGAGGGCGAUGCAUUUCCAAAGGCCUUUGAAAGGGAUCUCGUUACACCCACCAACCUCCACACCGAUGAUGGGCCUGCUUACAAGGAAAAUGAACGCAAGGAAGAGGAAAAGGAGAAGGAGAAAAAGAAGGAGGCGGUGAGUGGUGAGCUGAGCGCCCAGUCGAUGAGGAGCCUGGAGGAACGCAGGCGUUCUCUUCUCGAUCAUCACUGGGCUGUACCCAGCAAAGACAGAAACUCCAUGUCUGUCGAUGACGAACAACAGGACUCGAUCAAUUCAGACAAGUCGCAAGCCGAGUCGUCAAAACCAAAUGCCAUACCUGAGGAUGAGGAGGGAUAUCUAGUCAAACAGUCGUGCUACGAUUCUGGUAUCGACAUACGUGAACCUAUUCCUCCUAUUCCUGUAGUGCAACCUAUCCCGUCGAAAAAAAUAUAUUCCGACGCGGAAAUAGUUUUAUCGUCAGAUUGGGUACCACCGAUAACCAUUGCACCGAGUAACGUUACGAGUACCACUACCCUGGAUACCGGUCUGUCUGUCAAUGGGAGGAAGAAGGCUAGCUCUGUAUCCUUCAGUCUCGAUAGUAAUGCUGAAGAGCCUGACAAGGAUGAGGAGCAUAAACCCGAGGACGAUAAGCAGGAGACGCGCAAAAACAAGAUGUUGAAGAGGCUGUCCUAUCCUCUGUCCUGGAUGGAAGGUCUCACCGGUGAUAAAGAUGAUGAGGCUAAAUCAGUACCUGAUAAAGUAGCAAGUCUCCCCAACAGUGCAGACAGUCAUCACUCGUCAGUAUUCAGUAAAGUCUUUUCGAGCUCGCCGAUCAACCUGGUGAGUGACUUUAGCUCGGGGCUGUUUGCUAAAACGCCAAGUGAAGAGAGCAGCGGAGGCGGUAGAUCUGGUAGUACACCACCUCUUACCGCCUCCUCGCUCUCCCAGGACCACAGCUAUCAAUUUUCACCAGGGCCCACUAGUCUCUUGGGACGCUCAUCUGUGGGUACGUUUAUUCGUCAGCAGCCCUUGACCUCCUCGGGCAGCAGCAGUGUCGAUAGCGCACGUGGAAACAAAAUAUCAACACAACCACCGAGGGUGGAUUACCGCAGUGUCGUGUCUGUCGAUGAUAAACCCGAGCUUUUCGUCAGUUUUGACAAAUUGAUCCCAAGACCGGCGAGGAGCUGCGAGGAUCCACCACUGUACCUGAGGCUGCGCACUGGUAGACUAAAGGGCAAGAAGAUUCCUCAGUCCACCCCAAUCAUGAGUUAUGGCAAAAAGAAACUGCGACCCGAGUAUUGGUUCAGUGUUCCUCGAAACAGGGUGGACGACCUGUUCAGAUUCAUUCACUCGUGGGUGCCAGCGUUGUAUGGUGAACUUGAUGAAAAUUACUGGAUCGAGCGUGGUUAUAUCCUCUCAGAUACCGACACAGACCUAUCGCCGGAAGCCUCCCCCCAGGAAGGGGGAGAACCCGGUGAAUUCAUCGAGGAGAGCAAAACCGGUGAUGAGAUUAGUGAACUCACGCGAGAAUCGUGGGAGCGACUCAAGGCGCCGUACGUAAAGUUAUGCAGCAUGCUGGUCUCGAGUACGUCGGCAGACUCAGAGCAGCCCCAGGACUCCCAGGUGUUGUCCAUGAGUGAAGAGCUCCGGAGAGCCUUGUACGCCAACAGUGCAAUAUCUCUUGACAUUGACAUUAUUGUACCUGAUUUAGUUGGUGCAACUGAGAUACUCAAGGAUGAGCACAGAGAGAAUCUGUGCAGACAUUUGCCUGCCAGGGCUGAAGGGUACCUAUGGACACUCGUUUUUAGUACUAGUCAGCAUGGUUUCAGUCUCAACAGUAUGUACCGAAAAAUGGCCAAAGUUGAGAGCCCCAUACUUCUAGUCAUUGAGGAUACGGAGGGAAACGUUUUUGGUGCGCUCACCUCAUGCUCUCUCCACGUGAGUGAUCAUUUCUAUGGAACAGGUGAAUCUCUCCUCUUCAGGUUCACUCCGAGGUUCCAAGCGUUCAACUGGACCGGGGACAAUGUCUAUUUCAUCAAAGGAAACAAUGAGAGCCUAGCUAUAGGGGCCGGAGAUGGGAAAUUCGGAUUGUGGUUGGACGGUGAUUUGUACCAAGGGCGAACUCAAAGCUGCAGUACAUAUGGUAACGAGCCUUUGGCCCCGCACGAGGACUUUGUCGUAAAAACCCUCGAGUGUUGGGCAUUCAUAUAGGAUUCGGCCACCUGCUGUCCCACCAUCCCAACACUGGAGCCUAAUUUGACCUGAGCUCGGGAUUUGUAGUGGAAGACAAAUCCAAGUAUCAGGAGAGAUCAGACUUAAUCACCAUUUUACAAACAUUCAAGAUGGAGAUUUAUGUAACGAGAGAGAGAGAGAGAGAGAAAGAGAGAAGAGAGAAGAGAGAAAAGAGAGAAAUUAUAUCUAUAUCACUAACCACAAAGAUACAGAACACAGCUGAUUCUCCAGUGGAGUGGAGUCGAUGGAGUUAAUUCAUCAUGAAAUCAUGGAAUGAAAUUCGAUAAUCGAGAGUUUCGUAUUUUUGAGAGAGAUUUGGAGACAGAUUAAUGAAUGACGACGAAUAGUUGAGUUGCUUGAAUGUCUACUGAUGGAUAGACUUAUCGUAAAGUUUUUUAUUUAUAUUUAUUUCUUAUUUUGUAUUGUUUGAUGUUAGUUGUACCCGCCGAUAGAUCAACGAUUAUUUCUUCUAAAGCUGCAAAUAAAACGAGUUUUGCGGAAUUUCCAGACGUUUAUUUAAUCAAGUGAGUUUGAAGGAGGAGAAAUAUAUUUUUCUGACACGUUGAUGGAUCGAUGAGGAGAUGAGAGUAACUUACCUCAACCGAGAGAAGGAGAUGCUACCAAAAACAAUGCUAACUAACUGUUUGUUGUUGUGUAGAUAGUGUAGAUAUUAAAUGUACAUAUAUAUACUACACUGCAGUGGUUAGAUGAUUGAUUAACGCUACAAAAACCGCAAAUAUAUAUAUUAUAUAAAGAGAAUACAAACAUCAAUAUAUUCGAUUGUAUCGUGUAUACAUAAAUAUAUAGAAAUUAUACAGUGGGAGGACUCAACUGAGGCCUUGCCCAUGAUAUUUACGAUCUGAGAUAGUCUGUAGUCAUGUGUGAUUACCGAGGGAAUCAUUUUUUUUUUUUUGGCGAUAAUAUUAUUAUAAUUCAAGUCUAGUGUUACAACGAACGCAAGUGUUUUAUUUCCACGACCUUUGGAUUAAUCAUCAGUUUUUUUUUUCUUUUCUGCCAAGUGGAUAUCGUAGUCGAGGGAGUUUUAGUAUAAUGUACUCAUUAUUUUCACUCGAUUAAUGAAUUUAAAAUAUAAAUAAUGGGAAGGAAAUUGGAGAAGAGAAAGCCAUCAUUAAUCAUUGUUCACAGAGUGGCGAGGCCGUCGAGUCUUAUUCAUUGGGUGAUGGGGCUUCAACGAAUCGACAAUUAUCGAAGGGUAUUAAAGAGGGGUGUCUAUCGAAAUGACAGUGCCGGA